AUGCGCUCUUCCGAAAGCUGCAUAUCAGAAAUGAAACGAAACUUCAACAAUUCCAUCCGCAAAUUGGACAGCACCGCGCCGAUAGAAGAAAGCUUUGACUUUCAAGACAUCCCUGAAUGCACUGAACGAUCUUGCAGCCCUGACUUUGGAAAUUCACGGUUUUGGGACUUCUACUAUUACACCGUGAGAAUGGGCGUAAGUUUUCUUAUUCCCCUAGUAAUUAUGAUAUUUUGCAAUGUCGGAAUGAUCCGCGCUCUGAUGAUUGUUGUUCGGACACAAAUAUGUUGGGCACCUGUCAAUAUUUCCAACAUCAUAUCUGACCUUGGACGUUCACAGCCUGGCUCCUUUUCGGCUCCACUGACGGAAAGUAUGAGCGGCAUAGAAAAUGGAGGCCAGGGUGGCGUUGGUCUCUGGCAUUUGGCAACUAGGGUCGGCACCGACUCCGACUUGGUCCGGACUCGAUCGGGUUCUCUUUCGCCGGAUAUAAAAUCAUAA